AUGUUAACGCGUUAUGCUCUUUUCCAAUGUCGUUUUAUAAAAAAUCUUAGUCUAAAGAGCUUUCAUACGGGCUUUCAGAAUCACAUGCCCCUCAUACCCAUGGUAUUAGACAAGACUACAAAUGUUGAACGAUAUUAUGACAUAUAUUCCCGUUUAUUGAAGGACCGAAUUAUAUGUCUUAUGGGUGCAGUCACCGAUGAAAUAGCUGGGUCGAUUAUCGCACAACUCCUGUUCUUACAAUCAGAGGAUAAGAAGAUUCCUAUACACUUAUAUAUUAACAGUCCAGGAGGCGUUGUUACUGCAGGUCUAGCAAUUUACGACACUAUGCAGUUUAUUAGACCACCAGUUGCUACUUUGUGCAUAGGUCAGGCUAGUAGUAUGGGUUCUUUGUUGCUAGCAGCUGGUUCACCUGGUUGUCGAUUCGCUCUUCCUCAUUCCCGUAUAAUGGUCCAUCAACCAUCUGGCUCUGCCCAUGGUCAAGCAUCGGAUAUUAAAAUUCAGGCAGAGGAGAUAAUUAGGACGCGUAAUGUUAUAAACACUAUAUACGAACGACACACAAAACAGUCCCAGGAAGUGAUAGAAAAGUGGAUGGACCGUGAUUACUUCAUGACUGCAGAAGAAGCAGUUUCAUAUGGAAUAGUCGAUAGGGUUUUACAUAAAGCUCCUGCUGAAAAAGUGGAUGAAAAUGUGGAUUCUAAAUCUCCGCAUUAA